AUGUGUAUUGUUAACAUGACAAUGUAUUCAACAAAUUCAAUUAAUCUUAUUCAGUCACCUCAAACACGACCAUAUCGUUCUCAUUUUUAUGAAAUUGCAAAACAACAGCCACCUCAAUCACGAAAUAUUCAACACAUUUUAAUUAAUGAUCAUAUUCAAUUAGAAUUUCGUUCUAUUUUAAAAAUUCUCUUACAUUUUUCACUUUCAUUAAUACAAUUAUUUUCAUCAUUUGCUAUUCUUGCAUUACAAAUUGUUCUAACUGUGACAAAUACAUGUGCUUAUAAAAUUGGUGUUGGUUUUUGGUCAUUUCCAUUUAUGUGUUUGGCACCAAUAUCAGUUUGGAUUUUACUAUGGAAACGUAAUGCUAAUAUAUCUCUUCUUACAUUUAUAUUUCAGUUUAUUUCUACACUCUUUUCAACAGCCAUUAUUAUUGUUAGUUUUCUUGCAUUACUUCAAAAAAUUGACUAUUGUACAACAUAUAAUAACUAUUUUUAUUCGUUAAAUGGUGCAUUAAUCGGUGUAGCCAUAUUUUCUAAAUUAACUUAUUAUCUUGAAAUUAUUUUACUAUUUAUUUUAUUACGAAAAACACAACGUAUGUCAACAACAUUUAUCGAUAAAUUUCAUCAAAAAAAUUAUUAUUUUUCAUUAGAUAAUAAUGAUACAAUAACACCGGGAAAAACGACGCCAACUAAAUUUAUGCCAGGAACAUUUAGAAGAGAAUUUGAAGCAUAA